GCGCUCGUCCCUCCCUUUGCAGUCUGCCACGAGGUCUCAAACACUCGCGGUCGCAACAACAAACUAAAAGCAAAUACAACAAUUAAAAAGAAUAAAAUUUUUAUUUAUUAUUGACUAAAAAUGAGAGUUUUUAUCAUGAACUUUGGGUAACUUCAGAGGACAUGGCCUGAAGAAAGCGGCGGCCGAAUAUCUGCCUCAGUUUGGGCUGCAAAGAGGACUGAUCUGCCAAGAUGCCUAUCAUUCAGUCGUGUUGCUGCUGGCGCAGCCUUCGCCGAGGCUGCUACGCAUCAGCUCUGUACACGAUGGUUUACUUCUCAGUGACCAUAGUGACCAUGGGCCAUUUUAUAGAAGUGGAACAAAGGUACCUGAACGGGGCUAUGGAUGAGCCACAGUCCCAGAGCUUCCUAGAGCCGGGGAAGAUUACCCCCAAUGCGACCCGUCGCUUCGUUGUGACCGCCUCAGGUACGGUGACCUUUUUGGGAGGAUCCUCCCUGCCUGUGCCCCAGCCGGUGCCUCGGCAGCGUCACUCAAUAGUUACCGUGUCCCUGAAUAUAACACUUCUGGCUUGCAGUACAUUGGGUCUCGUCGCGUGCAUACUGUUGAUCUUGGGCGUGUACAAGGACAUAAAGUUUAUGCUGCUGCCGUGGAUUGUGGCGAUGGGGUUGGAGACCAUGGUCGAGAUAAUCAACGUGGUGUACCUGUUCUAUCUACAGACCCUCAAUUUCAACCCGAUAACAUCGUUCCUGUUCACCUUGGAUUUCUUCAUAAUUGUUCUCAACAUCUACGCAAUGGUGUGCGUCAUAUCGCAGUUCCAAGAAUAUCUGGAUGGUCGGGGAACCGCUGCCUUCGACUACUCAGACAGGAUGGCAACAGUCCAAUACACAGCGACGGCCCAGCACACGACCACCACCAGCUCAGCUCCCAGCGGACGACGCCGGUCCGCUGGCAAACCCAUGCCAAGCCGCUGUGACCCCGACGAUUUCUCCGAAGUCCCCACUAAGACUAUCACAUCAGUGCUUUCGAAGCAGAGUCGUUCGGCGGUGAAGAAACACGUGCAGUUCCCGGACGAGCAGAGCUGCAUCGAGGAGGCGCCAGAGAUACCCACGCAGACCGAAGUCGAGGAGAAACCUGAGACGCAAGUGAUCAGUUCGCUCUGGAUGGAGCUGGAGUCGACGGCGCCGGUGCCGGAGCGCUGACGGCGGCGGAGCGAGCAGUACUACCGGCCGGUGUCCCGCGCGCGACUCGAGCGCCGUAAGAUGUCCGCUGCCGGCGUGCCGCCCGCCGAUGAUAAACCAGACAAAGACUCCUAUUUAUAAGUAUAAUGAUGGCAUUAUACUAUGGCCAUAUCUCGCUGGUUCAGUUACUACAUACUAUUGCUGAUAUGAUAAUCAUUCUUUUGGCUUUUGAGUUUAUUAGACUAUGUCCAUGACAAACCACAAUUUUAGAGUCUAGAAUAUCAUAUCAUUCAAUGUCGACCAUAGGUCCUUUGCCAUUGUUUCUUACUACAUCCAUAUAACAGAAACUAUCUCAAGAAAAUAUUAUGUCUUUCAUAAUUUUUAGUUAGUUACUUAAUAUAAGACUUGUACCUACGUUGCAAUUAAAAUGUGUUUACUACGUAGAAUCUCUGGGACGCUACUUUUAUGCUACGAAUGGAUACUACGAGCUGUUUUGUGCAAGAUACUUACCUAGACGCGACGUCCUAGGUAAGCUAAGAACGCGAAAACAUGAAGUUCAUGUCAUAUUGUCUCCGCAUACUCUUUACUUUGUUAUACAGAUGUUGGCGUCACAUCGCGUCGUGAUCGCGUCUUACAGCUUUUCCUUGCAGAGAUAAUUAAGCUUGCUCUACAUGGUCUUUGUAGUUCCAUAUAGCGAUAGAUUAUUUUAAAACGACAGUUCAUUUUAUAAACACAAUAUUUUAAGGUUAAUAUAGCUUCAAGUCUUAAUUCAAUGUUAUUUCGAACAAUAAUUCGUUAAUCAGUCAACUGGAUGAUGUUUCGACAAUAGAAUAUUAAUUAGCCACAGACCAAAUUAGCACAACUCCAAGUUUAUUUUUGCACCUUAGGGUGGGUUGCACCGUCAACUUUGAUGAUAAUUUUAACGUGUGCAAACGCAAAAUACGCCAUUUUGUCUAGUAAACGUGAGCAGCGCGCCGGUUAACAUCAACGUCAAAUUUGCCGGUGCAAUUCAUCCUUUGCAAUCACAUUAGAAAUAAAUUAUUUGAUUUUAAAAUAUUUCAUUUAUGAUGCUUCAAAAUACAGUUUUGAACAUAGAUCAUUUAUAUAGCGUGUUACGGUUAAUGAAUCGUCUUGAUAAUACUGGACUGAAUUCGUGUCGGCUGAGUUAGUCUUGGUAGCAACCAAGACUGACUCAACCGGCACGAAUUCAUCAGAUCAGAGUUCACAUGAAGCAUCAUGUAAACUCUGAUCUGAUGUGAUUCUUCAUCUUAAACAUUUAGAAUCAUGGCUCUUAAAAUAAUUUUGUACUUACCUAGUUAGUUAUUGCGCAAAGCGCUAAUUUAUUUUUUUCUUUGAGCAGCCUUGUGGACCAAAAGAAAUUUUAAAUACCUGUGACAUUAUAUUUUAUACUCUUUAACAACGUUCCAUAUAUAAUUCUAAUAUAUAAAAUCGACUAUUUAGGCAGUUGAAACGUUUUAUUCUAUUAAACAUCUUUUAUAUUAUCAUUUGGCUACAUUUUAUAAACAUCUAAUACUAUCAAACCACAAUAAAAAAGAU